AUAGAUAGAGUAGAGAUGAUGUGAUAUAGUCAGAAAAGAAUCUCGACUUGUAUACGAUGUGUAUAUGAACAUCAAAGGAAAACCAAAUACUAUACAGUUUACAAUAUCCCUAUAUAUAUACCCGUUCGCCAGCAGCAGCUAAGAGGAGCCUCUACCGAGGGCUGGCAAGAGCGUGAAAUCUUCCAUCAUCAAAUUGUCCACACAUGUGAUGUUUUCAUGCCGAUGCUCAAUCGACGCAUUUGUUUUUGGGUUUUUGUGCUGACCAUCUUUACCUAAUAUAACUAUCGAAGUGCUCCCUUCGAUUGCACAUCGCCCUCUAAGUACAGAGGUCUAUAAAAUGUCUACUGACUGUGACUGGGUUGUAGAGCGCUGUAAGGAGCAGUUGUCCAAGAACAGUAGAGCUGCUGCCAAGGCCUGGAUACUGACAGCACGCUCACUCUAUCCUGACAACUUUGCAGUGCAGUACGAGGCCUACUCACUUCAUCUGAAGUGCGGAGAACUAAAAGAAGCAGCCAAUGUCCUCGCUGAUCUGCUCUCCAACUUCCCCCAAGAGUGUGCUCUACUAGACUACCAGCUGGAUGUUGUGAAGGUUGUGUCUGGUUGCAUGGGAACUGAUGAGCUGAAUAAAUUCGGACCGCAAGAUGAGGCGACCAUGAAAGAUUUGUUCGGAUCGUUGUCUCCCGGUGUACAGAAGAGCUUCCUCCUACAGGCUUGUGAGCGACUGCCAGACAUCUUAAUGAAGUGUCGGAUAUGGUUGGUCACUAUCAGGCUCUUCCCCGAGACAACACGUUCGGUCGGGCUGGACUUGUACGAUACGCUGAGUCAGCAACCCUCCACUGAGUACAAACUUAUGGCUGACGACCCAUACAAAGAGCUACUAGUUCGUGACGUGAUCCCCACGCUGACAGAGUCCAGGGAGAUCCAGAUAGAGCGGCCAAUCUCACGCUCUGAUGGGCAGACAGUGAUUCUCAAAACCAGUCAUCUGUGUCAGUGGCUAGAGUCUGUUGCCGCUUACUUCACCACGGUAACAGCUCAGAGCCAGACCGCAAGCAGAGACCACCCCUGUGCUGGUCGUGCCGGCUGGGACAGACUGCACCACCUCUUCCUCAUGACAGCAGACAAGUGCGGCUGGAGAGAGGUCCUCUUGAGCAAACAGAUUGGACCUCAUCUGCCACCCAGCCUUCGAUGGCACGGUCUGGAGAAAAUCUCGGGCUACACGAACAAGGGCGUGGCCUUUGAGGCUCCUCGCAACGUGGCCAUUGCUUGCUUCUACAUCUCUGUGUUUAUGUUCUUUGAGAUGUCGUGGGAUUACUCCAACUCCGUGAGAUAUUCAGGGAAGGACAAACAGUCUACGCCUGCAGAAUCCUGGAUCCUCAUUGAGGACACGUCCUUCAGAUCUCACCCAGAUGAGAAAUCCUCUAAGAGAAGAAAAGUGGAGGAAUCUCCAGGAGUGGCCUUUCUGGACUUGCACACAGGUUCCCACAAGACAGACAAGUACAUUGUGGAGAGGUUUCUAGUGGCUGUGGAUUGCUGGGACUUCUUGCAGUCCAACGUAACGUAUAGGCAAGAAUUCUCUCGGCUUUGUCAGCAGUGGGGUGUGUUUGAAUGGGAGUGGCUAAACUCCUUCAGAGCCGACAUGUCACUCUACAAGGGCGAGCAUAACCUCUCAUCACAGAUAUUGAGCCACGAAUGCACAAGAAUGAAAGAGGCAGGAAAACCUAAGGAAAGCUAUCUUCGUUACCUGGUUCAGCUGGUCAACUGUUCUGUUAUUCUGGGAGACACAAAGAAUUCCUGUGAAUAUGCCAGCGAAGUCAUCAGCCUGAUUCCAGACUCUCGUUCCAGUACUACUCAUCAGAAACCUAUUCCUCAUCCCACGCUAUCAUCACAGUCUGGUUCUGCUAAGAGAAAGUUGAAGGUGCUUCAGUGCUCUACCCAAGAGAUACUACCCUACUGUAUACAGGUCAUCAUCAGGACCUUGAAAGAGGCUGCCACUGGUCACUCUCGUAGCGACAGGGCACUGGGUCACCUGCUAGUGCUGCUACAAUAUGAUUGGCCCAAAGAGGAAGAGAUGUUUGCACACGUCAUCACCAUGAUUCAGAAAAGACGAAAGUUUAGCUUCCCUGAGUUCUUCAAAUACGUCAUCACUAUCGACAUUUUGGAGGAGAUGCUGUUCCUCUACAACUGUGAGUCUCUUCAGAUCACACUACUGCCUCAGGAGACCAACACAAAGAGUCGUACUGUUACACGAGGUGUUAACAGAGGGGCUAGAGUGGACCUCAUGGGAGCCAUGGAGAAACAAGUCAGGAGGUGUGAGGAACCAAUCGAACCGAUACUCAGAACAUUCUUCAAAGAACAAAAACUAUCACUAGACUGAUCAGAAUUUGUCCCACCAUGUUGUAUACGUGUUAAUUGGUUAUUCUACAAUAAAUUAAAUAUGAAAUUGUAA